AUGGCGCACCCUCUGAAGGGCGCGCUGCAGCUGAUGACACCCACGCCGCCAAACACGGUGGAGGCAGCCAAGGCCGCCUGCAUCCUGCCUGCCUUCUCCUUUGAUCUCACCCUGGACCUGGAGCUGAGCGCCGAAGAGGCGCAGAGCCUGGCACAGCCGUUUGCAGAGCCUGCAUGCCUCAGCAUGACCCGCACCCCCGCCAAAUGCCUGCGGCGCCGCCUGGCCGCCACAGCGUGCGGCAUGGGCAUCAGGCUCAGCGGCCUGGCCACCUGCUUUGUUGCACCUGCGGCAGAGGCUGUCGGGAAGGCAAUCCAGGCCCCUGGGUUCGCCGAUGUAGCUGCCGUGCUGCUGGCGCCAAACGUGCAGGGCUGCGCCGCGGACGAGGAGCACGUGGCUUCCUGCAAGGCGCGCGGCACGGCAGCCUUUGGGCGCGGCCAGUACCGCCAGGCAGCGCUGCUCUUCUCGCAGGCGCUGCAGUACUGCGACGAGACCAGCGGCGGCGCCGGCGGGGCCCAGCUGGCGGCGCGGCUGUACUGCAACCGAGCGUUGUGCCUGAGCAAGGAGGGGCCGCCACGGCUGGAGGCCGCGCUGCACGACAGCAGCUGCGCCAUCGCGUGCGACCGGGCCUUUGCCAAGGGCUGGUACCGCAGAGCCUGUACCGCCCGGGCCCUGGGCCGCGGCGCCAGCCCCGGCACGCUGCACGACGCGCGGCGGGCGCUGCAGCUGUUGCAGGAGCAGCAGGCAGACGCGGGCGAGGCUGCCGCGCUCGUGGCAGAGCUGGAGGCGGAGCAGGGGGCAGCGGCAGAUGGCGGCGGCGCAGGCAGCAGCGCCGCCGCCGGCGCUGAGGGCGCGUUGGCCAAUGGCGGCGCCGCCAACGGCCACGCAUCCCCCAGUGAGAUUGAGGAGGCGGCGGCGGCAGGAGGGGCAGCAGGCGGCGGCGCGCCAAAUGCGGCCGAGGUGCAGCGGCUGGUGGCGGCGGCGGGCCCCGCGCUGGUUGUGCAGCAGACAGAGGAUGCCGGGCGGGGCCUGUCGGCGGCUGAGGAGCUGCCUGCCGGGCGGGACGUGCUCGCAGAGCAGCCCUUUGCCUUUGCUCUGACCAAGCUCGGCCGCCGCUCGGUCUGCUCCACAUGCCUGGCGCCGCUGGCAGACGCGCCGGCUCCCUACUACUGCCGCCGCUGCCCCAUGCCCGCCUACUGCACCCCGGCCUGCCGUGCCGCCGACCCUUUCCACCAGCCGGGCGGCCCCGAGUGCGGCCGCCCUUGGACCGUGCUGCUGCCGGCAGAGGCGGUGGCGGCGCUGCGGCUGGCGCGGCGGCUGCGCUUCGGCGGCGCCGGCUCGCCCGCUGCGCGGCACGUGGCGUCUCUGGGCACACACUUUGCAGAGCUGGACCCAACAGAGGUGGUGCAGCUGGCGGCACUGGCGGCAGUCACGCACGCCACCUGGCGGCAGGCAGUGGCAGAGGCUCGCGGUGGCGGCGCACCGGCGGAGGCUGGGCCAGGCUCGCCUGCGGCGGUGGAGGGCCAGGCAGCAGACGAGGAGGCCCGGGGGGGCGUCACGGCGGAGGGAGUGCUGGAGGCGCUGUGCCGCCUGCAGAUCAACGGUCUGGCGGUGGUCCCGCCCCAGCGCCGCGGCAGCGACGACCGGCUGGCGCUGGCGCUCUACCCGGUGGGCAGCCUGAUGAACCACAGCUGCCUGCCCAAUGUGUCCACCCGCUUUGAGGGUGGAAAGCUGGUUGUGCGGACGGUGGAAGCUGUGCCCGCAGGAGAGCCCCUGCUGCACUGCUACGGGCCGCAGGCGGGCGAAAUGACGGCGGCGCAGCGCGGGCUGCUGCUGCUGCAGCAGUACCACUUUGCCUGCCGCUGCAGCGCCUGCGCCGGGGCGGCCGCGGGGCAGCUGGCGGAUGUGGCCCCGGCUGGGCUGAGGUGCCCCGCCGUGCCAGCCAGCCGCUGCGAGGGCGCCGUGCUGCCGACCCGCACCGUGCCCGCCGGCGUGCUGCACCGGUACCAGCUUCCGGCCGGCAGCGGCGCGUGCUGUGCCUGCGGCGCGCGCCUCGGCAUCGAGCGGUGGCAGGAGCAGCUGCAGCCCGAGCUGCAGUCCGCGGCAGAGGCGCAUGCUGCCGCGGCGGCGGUGCUUGAGCAGCAGGAGCGGCAACAGCAGGGCACAGCGCCGGCAGGCGGCGCGGCGGCGGUGCAGCAGGCGGUGCGCGCGCUGCGGCAGUGCCUGCGCCAGCGGCAGCAGCACCUGCACCCCCACAACCUGCUGCUGGGUGCCACACACGAUGCGCUGGCGCACGCCUGGCACAUCGCUGGCAAUGACGAGGCGGCAGCGCAGCACCUGCGGCACAGCCUGGCAGUCCUGGAGCACAGCUACCCCCCUGGCAGCACCGCUGCGGCCUUCCAGCGCCGCCAGCUGGCCCAGGCGCUGCGCCUGGCCGCUGCUGCCGCGGCGGCGGCGGGGGGAAGCGGCGGCGCGGCAGCGGCAGAGGCGCUGCUUGCCGAGGCGCGGCAGGCGGAGGAGGCGGCAGAUGCUGUGCUGGCCCUGCACUUCAAUGGAGCAGUCUGA